CGUGUCCCGCGGGGGCUGGGUCGGGAGCGCGCGCUGGCCGCGCCCCGCCCCGCCCCGCCCCGCCGGGGGCUGCACGGCAGAGCCGCGGGGAUGGAGGCGCUGCGGGCGGCGGGACGGGCCGUGCUGCGGAGCCCCCGACUCGCCCGCCACGGCCUGGGGCUCUGCUGGCACCGCAAGCUCCCGGAGAACUGGGCCGACAUGCAGGAGCCCCUGCUGGAGGGGAUUGGCUUCACACUCAAGUACCUGGGCAUGACACUGGUGGAGAAACCCAAAGGAGAAGACAUGGCAGCCAAUGCCAUCCGUCGGAUCAUCGCUAUGGCUCGCGUGGGAGCCAAGAAAUUCCAGAAGGUGAUUCUGACUGUCUCUCCGAGGGGAAUCUCACUGCAGGACGCUGAGACCAAGGAGAUGAUAGAGUGUGUCUCCAUUUACAGGAUUUCCUACUGCACCACGGACAAGCUGCAGAACAAGGUGUUUGCCUACGUGGCGCAGAGCCAGCAGAGUGGGGCGCUGGAGUGCCAUGCCUUCCUGUCAUCCAAGAAGAAGAUCGCCCAAGCUGUGACUCUGACUGUGGCUCAGGCCUUCCAGGUGGCGCUAGAUCACUGGGAAACAGCACAGGCAGGCUCUGUGCAGGAACAGUCUCACCCUGAGUGUACCCUGGAGAGCAACAGGCCAGGCAGCACAAGUGAACCAGCUCCGGUCCCCACGGGGAGCACCCCAUUCAAACACCACUUUGAGGAGGAGGAGGAGGAGGAAGAUGAUGAUGAUGAUCUCAAUGAAGCCUUUUCUGGCUGCACUGAGGAGGGCACUCAAGACACAGCAGACUUUGUCUCCCCCACACCAGGAGGCAGCUCGUCCAUCAUGCACUUACCACAGAGCUGGGCCCCACCUGGAGUGCCCCCGACACAGCAGGAUGAAAUGGGAUGGGGGCGCUGGAGGCCAAGCACCCACCUGCCCCAAGGGACCUUCCUCUAAGGUUUCCACAGGUUAAUGAGGCGUUGUCAGUCUUCCAGUGUUUAUAUAUCACCAUAAUGGGUUAACCAGUCAGAAUCCUCUCUGUGCCUGAGGCUCAGACCAGUUGGCACGUGGAACAUGGACCAGGCAUCAUCUUUUCCCCACAUUGUGCCUGAGGCAUUGCUCUCCUCUCUGCCCUGUGCCUUUGGACUAACUGGCAGCUCGCCCUGCUUUGCUCCUGGGACAUGGCCAGGCAGGUUUCCUUGACUCUUUUGUAUGUUCAUUUUUGCUGGUACUAGUGAAGCUGCCCUGCCAACAACCUCUGGGCUUCCCCCAAUUAGGCUCAGCCCAGGCAGUGGCAGGGCUGGCUUCCCACACCCACUGGCCUGCUCUGUGCCACCACCCAGCCCUGCAGGGACUUCCACUAGAGGGUGAAAGGGAGUGCAGCAUCCAUGGCCUGCCUGUUCCUCAGCCUAUCCAUGGAGGGUGCCAGUAAUGGUCAAUUGGAAUUGGUGGGAUGGGGCCACCCAGCCCUGUGGGCCCCAGAACAGCUCCUUGUGCUCCCUGUUGCACGGGCUGGGCUCGACCCCGUGGCCAAGGGUGCUGCUGACUGGGCUGGCCCCUCAAUUAAGGCCUUUCCCUCCUCUGCUGUCUGGUUCCGGGGCACAGCUGUGUCAGGGUUUUGGCCUCAUCCCUGUUGGGUAAAUGCAGCAUGCUAGAAAAUGCGUUAGCCAGCGAACUGUGCUGAGCACCACUCGGCACCUGGCAUGUGCAGGGCAAUUGUGUUCCUGAACAUGACUGCCCCAUGCACAUGGGUGCUCACCACUGUUAGCUGGGCAUGCGCUCCCAGGCAUGCUGUGUGUGGGGUGGGGCUCACUGCUAUUAGUGUGCCUGAGAGUGCACACCUAGCUGAGUCCAGAGCAUUGUUCAGUUUUCUCUGGCUCACACGUUUUCUUGCUUGCUGUGUUUGCUCUGUGUAGAAGAGACCCAUAGCUCCGGUCUUUCCCAUCCCUGUAGCUGAAGAAUGGAAGUGUGAACUGAAGGACUGUGUGGAUGAUGCCCCCUGCAAGCCCUCUGUCCUUACUGCCUCUCUCCUUGGGAUAAGGGUCAGCAGAUUCCUGCUUCUUAGGGGAGUCCUAGAUUUAAGGCCAGGAGAGAGUGCGCUGAGCAUCUGAUCUAACCUCCAGCCUAGCCAGGCCAGAGGAUGCUGCCCACAGAUUCAGGCAGUAGAGGAAGGGGGUUAUUCUCUCCUAUGUAGGUGUCGCACCCCUUUGCUGGUAGUCCCAGAGAACCCAUUGCUUGUAGCCCAGAGAAGGCACAAAACCACAGGGUCUGCUUGCUCCCCUUGCGUCUGUGGAAUGGAGGUCCCCACAGAUCUGACAUCUGCAGCCCCCACACCCUUUACUACAGCCUCUCACUGUCAUGUGGUGAAAUCACUGGUUUUUAAAUGAAAAUGCCACCUUUGUAGAGUGCGAUAAAAUCAGUUUUUUAACAUUGUAAAAUUGACUCUGCCCUUGUGGCCUCUGACAUAGAUUUCCCAGGUCCCUCUGAGUUUGGGAGGGGAAGGGUUACUGAGGAAGCAGGCCAGUGGCUCUUUGUGCCCCUUGCUACCCGCUUGGUUUGGUUUUAAACCUUCAGCUCUGCCCCUUGUCAAGAAGCUCCCUCCCUUGCUGCCUGAGUGAUGGUGAUACCUUCAGUAGACUAUGACGUGUCACCCUGGGAUGAAGACAAUCAAGGAAAAUAAGGCAGCAGAAAGUCCCUACCCUCAGCCAUACCACUAGGCACCAGCUCUCUGAGGUGAUGCUAAGGAGUGGCAGGUCCCCAUACCUCUUCUGUGUGAUCUGUCCACCCCAGCUCUGUGACUGUGAAAGCAAAGGCCAUAAGCCUGGGUCAAACUGCCUAGUCCCAGAUAGCAAGGGGGCAAGUGAUCCUUACCAGCAGGGGCUUCCGGGGGCAGUGGGAUGUCCACGGUCCACCCCCACACUCAUCUCGUUAAGUGAGGUCCCUUUAGGAACACUGGCUAAUGCCCCCUUCCUCUGCUUGCACUUGGUAUAACCUGGUGUGCAUGCCCCUUUGUCCCAGCAGGAGAUCCUAAGCCCUUCCAUCCCCUCUGCCAGCUGGUGUCUCCGUCAGCAUUCCCCUCCCAACACGCAGAUGGGGGCAGCCCUGCCCCUGGCCCAGGAGAACAGCCCGCACAGGUUUCACUUCUUUGUGCUCUGGAUCCUGCAUCUUGUGUCUCUUGCAGCCAUUUUCUGAGAGACUAUCCUGGGAGUGAACAAGGCCUUUGCUGUUCCCUCUUUAACCACCAGCCCCAUUUCUCUGUCAAACUACUGUUCUACCAAGUGCAGCUGGUCUGGCUGCCCCAACCAGUGCCAUGGAACUGCAAAGAUGGAGGGCUAAUUCUCCCACUACAAGGCCCUGUAGAGCAGUGGGACCAUUAGGGGAGUGGGGGCCAUGAGUAAAUCACCUUCCCCAAUAGGGACGCCUGGUACAAAUCUGGCAGCAGCUUCCAGUAGGGACCCAGCCUGGGCUGAUGUCCUGUGCAAGGGAAUAGGAUGGGAUAGCAAGUGCUACACUAGCUAGGAAUCACCAGCACCCUUUGAUCUGGCAAAUAACACAGAACAGCAGAGAGUAGACUGCCAGCUUCUUGUGCAUGCAGGCGAGAGUGAGCAUGCAUGCAACAGGGGAUGGGGGGUAAGAGAGAUCCCCUCUCUACAGGUGACUCAGCCAGGAACAGCAUUGUCACUGGGCUCCAGCCAUCAGCAGAGACCCACAGGCAGCAGUUCUGAUCACUGCCCAUGCUGUGUGGAGAGAAGCAGAGAGGCCAUCUCCCUGAUGGGCAUGGACAGAUGGCGGAGGGCCUGCUCCCCAAGGGGAGAAGUAUGCUUCUCUGGAACUGCCCUGCCCCUGGGAACAGGUCUGUGCCGAAGGUGGCUGGUGGGAGCAUGAGGCUCCCUAGCUCCUGGGGCAGGGGAGGCCUUUCUUCUUUCAGGAGCCAGCAACUGGGGAGCUGAAGAAAAACCCAGGAGCAGAGCCAAUGGGACUUCCAUCCCUCAGCUCCAACACAACCCCUGCUGUCCCCCAUUUUGCCAUUGUCACUGCCCUGCAUCAAAAUCUGUCUCCUCUGUUCCCCCUGCCCAGCCCUCCAGCAGGAUCCCAGCCUGUGCGAGUUGGUCUGUCCCUCAGUCGUGGCAGCUGGCUCUCAAGCCCUGUGCACACACUGGAGUAGCCACCACAGUGACCCUUCUGCCUUUGAGCCAGAGACUUUUAUUGAAAAGACCCUGCUGCAGGGAGUCACUUGCCCUGCCCCCGGUAUUCCCAUGGCAGGAGCUGAGCAGCACCUGGAGGGAAGAGUCUGAAAUUGCUUUGCUUGAAGAUUAAGUUCCUGGAAGACGCUGGAUCCUGUGAUUCUCAUCAAUCCUGGGGCUGCACAGACAGCAUCCUGCCCCCGGAGGAGCAGGCUACAAGCCUGUCAUUCCUCCAGUGGAGGCCGUUCUCUUCUCUUCUGAUGGCGGAAGGCAGAUGUGGGGGA